GGAUAAAGAUGGCUUGACAACGCAGAUACAAACGGGAGUACUAAAACCUUUUCACUGCUCUUCGGGGUUUGCUGAAGGAAGAGAGAUAGAGGAAGGUAAAGCAGAGGGUGUGUCCGUUCGAUAUUUGGGGACUUUUUAAAGGAAACAGGUUCUUUGAAGAUGAACAUUCAGUCAGCCAUCAGCCGUGAGAUCUUUGUCCCAAAAGAUGAAAAGUUACUGGUAGCCAUAGAGGUGAGGAGAAGGUUGAAGAGGAAGAGUCUGUCCUUCCUCAGUGCAGGCCGCAAGAAGGACUACCUAACUUUCCUCUGCUUGUCAGUCACUAACACAAGACCAGCUCAAAUCUACAUCACUAAAGUUAAAAAGUACCCAAGCUCACGACAGUUCUCUAAAAGAUCUCAGUGGUCUGUGGAGCAGCUUCGUCAAGUCAAUGGCAUCAACCAAAAUAAGGACUCUCCUGAGUUUGAUCUAGUGUUCGAUCGCAACUCUGAUCAAUGGUUGGCUAGCUCAGCUGCAGAGAAGUGCAUGUUUGUGCAAGUUCUGUACCAUGCUUGUCAGAAAUACUGGGAGGCAAAUCUUGGCCAAGGCAUCCCCGUGUCCCCUGGAGACCCGAAGAUACCUGGAGCUACAGAGAUCAAGAAGAGCCAUGGUGCUACACGCCAGACUGACUUUAUCAACUGUCAGCCAAAACUAAUGGGAGAUGGUUGUUCUCUUAAUAUGGCCAUUUACCGCUGCAAGAUAUUUCUGAACAGAAUGAAGAACAGCAUGACUUCAAACAAAGGCCAGAUUCAGGGUAAAGCACCUGUUGUAAAACCAUCUAGGAGUAGCCCCUCCCCUCCGGCGGUAAAGAAGAUGGGUAAUGUAAUGAGGAGGGCCAGUCAGGUUUUGAGUGAGCGCGGGGAGCGUCUGAUGAGGGCUAAUGAAUAGUCCAGCCACUUGUUGCAUGGGGCCAAGAAGUUUGCAGAAGCUGCUCAGAAGCUGGCUCUGAAGCAGAUUUAGAAGCGCUCCGGAUGGCAUGCCAAUAACCAUUUUAAAAGUAGCUGUUUUUUAAUCUAGUCGCUGGAUACGUUAAUUGUCUAAUUUUCCAAGGCAAACUUUAAGAUGAUUUUUAGGCUUUUUUUGCUUUAGUUUUUUGAAGGUUAGAGGUUUAUGGGGUAGUUUAAGAAUAUCUUUAUUUUUGCAAACCACUUGAUGGUUAAAUCAACAAUUGUAUUGAGGGGUGGCAUGGUGGUCUGUCUGUUUUUGAAUAAGAUAAUGAUAAAACCCUGAUUGUUUUUGCAUUUAAUAUCUUAUGUGUGGGAUAUGAAAAGCCAGCAGGGGGCUGAUCCUCCCCUGCAGUGAUACAUGUUGCUGUGAUAUGAUUGAAAUUACAUUUGUUUUGCAGUAUAAAAAAGCCUUAAGCCUGCCUUUCCUUUUGUUUGUUUCACUAAGCAACAAACUGAAAUGAAUUGCCUCCUUUUCAAAUUGAGUACACAGCACUGAAUUGAAAACAGUGAGUGUUGCAGUGUCAAAUAAUGUAUGUUUUAAAAUACCUUUUGUGUUUUAAACAGCUUUUUUAUUAUUUUUCUGUGCAUGGUAUGCCAUAAUAUUGAUGUCGUAAUAUUGGCGUACAUUAACCACUAAAGUGAGUAACUAACUUCUCUGGAUUUCUUUUAUUCCCUGGGUGAUUUAUUUCUUGUUCCACACAGUGUGAGCUGCUUUUCUCACAUUAAAUAAGAGUGAUGUUAUGAGGGUGAGGAAUUUAACUUGUACGUCACUUUUGUGUAAUAUGUACUAAUCUCUAUAACAAAAGGUUUAGCACUUGAGCCAGGGUAGCUGCCAGUUGCACUGUUCUCCGUAAUGGCUGUGAUUGUUCACAUGAGGAGGAUGCUUGUGCUUUAGAUUUAUUAUUUUUAAUCCAAUAAUUGUGAUCCAUAUGUUUAUAACAAUUCUGUUCCGUCUGUCUGUUCAAUGUCUAUUGUCUCAGUAGCUUGUAAACUGACGUAUAGGAGCAUGAUCAUGUCAUAUUUAAGGCCAGAGGGUGUGUUUCCACACUGAUAUGGAUACCCUGAUUGGUGUUUGGCAUGUUUAAUGCAACCAACCUUUUGUGUUCUGUUGCUUUAAUUUAUAGCCUGUUCCCUAAUACUGUAUAUGUGUAUCUAACAGAGCAUUCUAUCUGUAUUUGUUAAUCCAUGUGUCUUGUGAUACCCAAGAAAAUCUUGUUAAACACACAAAAGCCCCACAUUAACUCAAUAAAUGAAAUGGGUCCCGCUUGUGUUUGUCCUGACGUGUGUUGUGGUUGUGCAUUCAUUCUCUCUCCACUAGAAGGCGCUCACAUACAUCCAUUUCAACAAGCUGCAGAAAAGAAUCUUUUA